AUGCUUGCACUUGGCCACUUGAGCUAUGUCAACUCAGUGCUGGAGGGCAAGAAGAAGAGCAUCCUGCUCACCUGUUUCAGCAGUGUCUUCUUGCUGCCCUCACACGAGUAUUUGGAGUGCCAGAGCCGCAUCUACUACUUGAGGACCCUGGACGCCAUGGACCGCAUGCUGAGGCUCUUCAUCAGAAAUUCUCCCCUCUCCGGCUUCAGUGAGCUGCAGGACAUCUUGCAGGAAGAACAGCAGCCAGAAGCUAGUCAACAGCCUCAGGGGAAAGCUGAGGCCAUACCGAGGCUUCCUUUACCCACUGCCACGGACAUUGCCACGAACUUUGGAAAAUACCUCCAGCAGUCUCAGAGGACAGACGUCAUCCUCAAGGUCAUUGAAGCCCUGAGAGACUCCAACACAUACGACAAGCAGGAGGUCAGCGGUGUGCUGGACAUGGCCAUCGAAGACCCUGCCUCCUGGCUGACCGACGUGCCAGAGAUCGUGAGGUGCAUCUACAGACACGUGGAGUGCAUCAACACGGCAUCAGCCCGGCGCAGCCUGGACAACCUCAUCCUCUAUCUGGCCAACCAGCGGCCAAGGGAGGUGGCCAGCACCCUGCUGCAGAUGUGGCCAUCAUCUGACAGCGCUGCCCUGGCCAUGUGGGAAACCAUGUUCUCCCAGAAGCAGACGAUGGAGAAUGUCCUGAGGGAGACACUUGGCGUGCUCCAGGAGCAGAAGCUGCGCGGGCUCCCGGGCUUCAUCCCAGAGGACAACUGCAUCCCUCACUUGGCGCUGCUGGCCCACCCAGAUGUUGGAGAAGACGACUCGGAGGCCCUGCGCCACCUCCAGAGGCUCUUGAAGCAUCCCAACCGAGUGACGUACUCGGUGGUGCUCAGCGCUCUCCUCCCAGCGUCAGAGACACCUGUCACGGCAAGAAAACUUCCCGUGCUGCUGCCAGGCAUCAUUCAGGGCCUGCACGUUGCCAGGGCUGACACCAAGAUGAAGGCCCUGCUUCUCAUCGGAAACGUGAUGGAUCACGUGAAGAGGAAGCAGGCCAGCUCCAUCGCUCUGCAAGUGGCUGGGGACAUCCUGCCACUGUUUAACGAUGAGUGCAGCCAGCUGCAAGAGCUCUCCAUCUGCCUCUACAACAAAGUGAUGCAGGCUGCGUUGUGGUACCACAAGAGGCAGCUGAAGAAGGUCGUGCAGAGGGGCCUGCUCCCACUCUUUUUUCACCUGAGUGACCAGACCCAGAGCGUGGCCAAGGCCUCCCUGGAAGCCCUUGUCACCGCUGCAGACUUCCUGAAGCAGGGAAAACUCAAGCACCUGGCGCAGACAGAGCAGACCUGGAGGAUCGCAGAGUACUUGCUCGUGCAGGACAAGGGAAAGGUGGAGAAAUACCUGCAGCAGAGCCUGCCGUACCUGCAGCACACUCAGGUCGCCUUGCGGGAGGCAGCCAUCAGGUUCAUCGGUCUUGCCGCGCAGCACUGCAAGGACCAGAGCGAGAUGAAGAUCCAUGAAAUCUGCAGCAUCCUCCGGCCCUUGCAGAAUGACGAGGAGAAAAGUGUUGUGUCUCUGGCCACUCAGACCAUCUUCAUCCUGACACGUCCAAGGGAGCAGCUGACAUCGAGCUGGUGCCGGCGGGCACUGUGCUGCUGCCUCUCCUAAGCCAGGGAGAGGCACAAAACCUUCAAACGCCUGCAUUCCAUUAAAACUCCAACACCACGUGCAGGGCCGUGGAAUCCUUUGCAUGGUGUGCUGAGCAUUCCAGCCUCUACCGUAGUGGGCAGCUGUAAGGGUUUUAGGUGGUGUGGUGGGGAAUGGCUCAGGGGCGGUGGCUUGUGGAAAACGGACUCCACAAUCCAUAAGAUUGUAAAGUAGGUAUGUUUAUUCAGCGCUGGGCGGCACGGGGGUAGUCCCCCUGUGAGAAACAAAGUUGUGUUUUUGCAGUACAGAACUAAUUUUCUGUAUUGCAAGGUAGUUGUGUAGUCAUAACAAGGAGAAAUGCUAAGUAGAUGAGUGGACGGUAGAAGGCCUCGCUGUUCCAAAAUAAGUUGCAAGCUUGAGACAAACAGGAUGAGCAGUAUGAGAACAGUAAAACAAAGAUCACAAGACCUCAACACACAAGAAGGGAGAAAUUCAAGGGUUGAAAACAAGACAAAUGGUACAUAUAUGGUAUAGAGGAGGGUCGAGCAGCUUGUGAACCUGUAGUACUCUGCCAAUGAGGAAACAGGGGAGGUGAUCAGGUGUCGGGUAAUAGGGCAUAAAAGGUUAGGAUUUGUCUACUAAAAUGCGCUCCUGAUUGACAGGAUGCCCGCCCUUGCAAUCGCGAAUAAAAUAGCUUCACAGAAGAUUCUGUCUAAAGAAA